AUGACAAAUACCAAUAAACAAAACUUGGAAGAAAUCAUCAAAGGUAUUGAAGAGAAUAGAAUCCUUGAUGUCUUUGAAAAGUAUUACCAUGAUGAUUGUGUAAUGUUCGAGAAAGGUGAUUCCACCAAUAGAGUUGGAAAGGAUGCCAAUAGAAAAGCUGAGGAAAGUUUUGUUCAAAAUGCUCAGAUUCAUUCAGUUAAAUUAAACAAGAUCAUGGCGGAUGGUAAUAAUACAGCCUAUGAGAUGUACAUGGAUUUCACAUACGGAGGUCACAAUGUAAAGAAAACACAAUGGGCCAUUCAAGAAUGGAGAGAUGGAAAAGUGAUCAAAGAAGAAUUUUGUAAAUAUAAUAUAAAUCCUUUAAAUAAAGAGUUCAUUCAAUAUAUUAAUUCAACAAACACUAUUAAAUUUAGAUAUGGUGAAUUAGAUCCAAAGCAAGAUGAGAGAUUCACAAAGCAUUUCAUUAUUGCUUCGAUCGGUGUAGCAUUGUUUUUUGGUGUUAUAUUCUCAGUUAUUCUCAUUUUAUUAAAGAAGUUUGUUUAUCCUGAUGGUAAAAUGGAUGGCACAGGAAGUACUGUUGUAUAA